AUGGGUGACACACCAACGAAACGAAAGGAAGCAAGGCCUAAGAAAGUUAAGACAGUGACAGGAACGCGUGGUGCGAAAACUCCAAGUACAGCGCCAACACAUACAUCUGUAGGAUGGCAUCUGAUUCGUAGAACAGAAGCAGAAGUAUGGCGUCCGACUGGUGUGACAGCAGCAGGACCAUGGCCUCCAGUUGUUGCACCAAGAACACAAGUAUGCUUUCCAACUAAUACAGCGGGAGUGCGACCAUGGCGUUCGAUGAAUGUAGAACGGGCACGAAUGCAUGCUCCGCGUAUUAAUCCAUCGAAAGCAGUAAAAGCACCAAUGUAUACAUGGCCAGCGGUGCCUACAAGAGUGCCAGAGAUGUAUCGAUCGGAGUCAAGAUUUUCAAGUCAAAGGCAUGAGUAUAGAGCAAGAGGGCCAGGCAUGAACACGCCUUGGGCACGGAUGGAUGCAGGACCCGUUCCCAUGCAAUCAUUUGGGGUUCCAUUGGGCGCAGCAGCGAAUCAAACGUAUGAGCAAGGAAAUUGGCCUAUGUUUGGAGGAGGAAAUCCGGUUGAUGCUACAGACACAAGAAUGAAUGCAACAAUGGCACCAGGAGUAAGUGUAGUACAGGAAAGACAAGCACUGCUGAAUGUAGAGGACAUAACAACGGGUAUAGUUGAUGUACCAAAGUCGUCUGGGGAAGUUUCUAGAGAGUCAGUACCUCCAUCACCUGGUCGAGGUGAAGACACUUUAGAAUGGAUGUUACCCUAUGGUGAUUUCGUCAUUGGACUAAAUUAUCAGAUUCAAAGGAAAAUAGGUUCUGGUUCAUUUGGAGAUAUUUAUCAGGCAAUAGAAUUUGGUUCUGGUGAUGACGUAGCAGUAAAACUUGAACCUAUUACGGUUCGUUAUCCGCAACUUUCACAUGAGUAUCGAGUCCUCAAACUUCUUCAAGGGGGUUAUGGUAUUCCUCGGUUACGAUGGUUUGGUGUGGAAUUUGGUUACUCAUUCCUGAUAAUGGAUUUAUUGGGGCCCAAUCUUGAACAAUGCUUCAGUUUCUGUGAUUGCAAAUUCUCGCUUAAGACUGUUUUGAUGCUCGCCAGUCAAAUGUUACCACUUGUUGAGUAUGUGCACAAUAAGAAUUACCUGCACAGAGAUCUGAAGCCGUGCAAUUUUUUAAUGGGUACUAAACAAGAGAGUCAUAAAGUGUAUCUGAUUGAUUUCGGAUUAUCAAAGAGAUAUCGCAAAUCCGACACUUCGGAACACAUCCAAUUUCGUACAGAUAAGAAUCUUACUGGAACGGCACGUUUCGCUUCUAUCAAUUCAAAUAGGGGCUUUGAAAUUUCGCGAAGGGAUGACUUGGAAUCUCUAGCUUAUAUGUUUUUGUACUUUCUGAGAGGUGCUUUACCUUGGCAAGGACAUUCUGCAACUACCAAAAAACAAAAGUAUGAUAAAGUACUCGAGAUCAAGCUUAGUAUAACUGUUGAGACCCUUUGUAGUGGUCUCCCAGAUGAAUUUACUAUUUUUCUUAAUUACUGUCGUGGCUUAGAAUUUGAUGAAGAACCCAACUAUGAGCAUCUGAAGUGUCUGUUUCGCUCUCUGUUUGAAAAAUCAAGUUACCAGAUGGAUUUCUCAUUUGAUUGGUUGGUGAAAAUGGAUUCAACGCCUUAA